AUGUCAUCGACGAUAGAAAAUAGCACGGUCCAGUCGAUUACCAUGGACCCUAUGGACGCUCAACCCAGUACGAUAUCUGCCAGUCCAGAAACCGGAACACCUUUUAAGGAAUCGCUCCCUGUUCGAGAUCUGACCACAGAAAAUGAGAACACACAAGAGAAAGAGACGGAACCAGAAAAAGAACAUUCCAAACAUCCUCUCGCUCAAUUAUCUCAAUCUCGUAAAAACUUCCUAUUGUUCAUUUUCAGCAUAGCUACAUUUGUGGACAUCUGUAAUGUUUCUGGCGUAGCUGUUGCUGUCGCUCAAAUCAGUUUGGAUAUCAAAUUGGGUAUAUCUCAGGUGGUCUGGAUCAUCACUUCCUAUUCAUUAUGUUUCGCUGCAUUCCUCCUCUUUGCCGGAAGACUGAGCGACCUCUUCCCUGCUCAAAUCGUCUUCGAAGCUGGAUUUCUGGGAUUGGGUGUAAUUUCGUUGAUCACUUCGUUUGUAACAUCUAGCAAAUAUGGGUUCUUGAUCUUGAGAGGUUUAGGAGGUAUCUGUGGGGCGAUGACCAUCCCUUCUGCUUUUCAUCUCACCGUUCAUAUGUUCCCGACACCGGAAGAACAACAGAAGAAAUUAGCGUUGAUGAGUUUGGCUGGAGGACUGGGUAAUGUCCUGGGAUUAGUCUUAGCUGGGUUAUGCAUGGAAGCGUCGUAUAAAUGGUUCUUCCGCCUCAUCGCAAUUAUCUGUAUAACUUUCACCAUCGCGACUAUCAUUCUGCUUCCCUACACCGGCUCAUCGUAUUCUACCAAGCAUGAUCUCAUCCCAAGAUGGAGGAGGAUGGACGUACCUGGCGUGAUAUUGAUGAUGGGUGCAUUAAUCUGCUUUAUACUUGCUUUGACCCAGGGCCCGAUAGAUGGUUGGAGCUCUGCAAGUUUUAUCGCUCCGCUGGUAAUAUCUAUACCACUAGGUGUAGGAUUCUUCUUCUGGGAAUCUCGUAUCCCACCUAGAACAGCUGUGUUACCAUCCUCGAUAUGGAAAAUAACCAACGUCAUCAUCCUCUCGUUGGCUGUAUUGAUAGCUUUCCCAUUUUGGGCUACAUCUCAAUUGGAAUAUUCUACUUGGUGGCAAGAGGUAUAUGGCUGGUCUGCACUCCACGUAGCAGUCGCCAUGUUACCUCAAGGUAUAGUCUGCCUGAUAGCAGCUGCUUUCGCACACGCGGUACCGCAGGUGUUGACCAAACCCAGAUGGACCAUAGGAGGAGGUAUGAUCCUAAUCGUCAUAGCUGAGGUCCUCCAGGUAUUCUCAGAUGGCGGUCCAGGUAAUAAAUACUGGCGAUUCUGUUUCCCAGCUUUCGUGAUCGGUAGUUUUGGUGCUAUGAUCACGUAUUUUGCGAGUGGUAUCAAUAUUGUUACGUAUGGUCCUCCAGAAAUGGCCGGAGUCAUGGGUGCAUGGGUGAAUGUACUAGCUCAAGUAGGAGGGGCAAUAACCAUGGCCGUACAAGCCGGUCUACAAGACACAAGCUCGAUCCCUCCCCAAUGGUCCAAGUCCGGAUCGAGGACAUGGUACUUUAUGAUUGCCUGGACCGUCGUAUUGGGUAUUCAAUUUAUAGUCUUUUAUAAGACUCCUGGUACGCCUCAGGAAGAACAUGAGCUGGCUAGGAAGAGGAUCAUGGAGAAGGACGGGGAUUUGGGAGUAUAA